AUGAGCUAUCGUCUCCUCGCAUUUCUGGCGUCGCUGCUCUUCAGCAAUGCGCUAGCCAAACCCCUGAGAAAUUUAUGCAGAGACUGUCUCGUCCAUGAGCCGACGUCCGUCGUCAGACCUUCCGAGGGUGCAGCAGAGACCGUUAAGUUUCGUAGUCCCGACGCAUCGGAACGGGACAAAUUGUGGCGUCAAGACCUCGAAGCGAUCUCGCGCUCCUCUUUGCAUGCGCUUCGCUCGGGGCCUCGAUCUGCCACGCCUGGACGCCUCACCUCCGCACCCUCGCCCAGUCGCUCUUCUCAUGGCCACUCGCUUCGAAGUGCGAAUCCAGGAGGUUCGCCUACGAGCGAGGUGGGAGUCGUGCUGGCAGAUGGGCCUGUCACAACCUCGAGUCGAACCUUUGCUCACUACACUACACCUCGCACCUCCGUCGCUCGACUCGACCAUAGUCGCUCUCCAAAAGACUCUGGCAAUCGAGGCUACGCCAGCGGUUCCGACGCGCCCACAUCACCGGGGCUUCGCUCUAGCAGCAGCGCCCUUUCCCAUCUUGCCACAGCAUCUCCUCGUCUAUCGACCACUCCAGGCUCCAGGGAAGCGCGUCUGUUCGCGCAGACGCAGCGAGAGUUGCGUACAGCGUUGUCAGGCAAGAAAGCACUACAACACACGUCCGAGGGGCGAGGAUCAAGGCGACUCGAUCGGGCCUCGACAGCUGGCAAGGGCAAGUCGCCCGAUGGCAACCGGCCGCAGUCUGCCUCGGAUCGCUGGUCAGGCGCGUCGCAAGAUCAAACGUCGACGCCAAUUCCUUCGCGACAGGCGUCUAUAAAGGACGACGAUUCUGAGCGGAGCAGCCGCUGGUCCAUGUCCGACAGGUACUCGCAGCUCCGAUCACUUUCGCCAUCUCCAUCUCCACCUCAUAGCAUCCGCAGGCAAAGAGACGCGUACUCCCCCUCGCCGCAGAGGAGCCCCAUGCAUUCACCUCUGAGAACACCCUCAAGCUCUCGCCUGCUUUCACCAUCUCCACAACGCUUUGCGCGCCUCUCGCCCGGCUCGGCGGUUCAUGGCGACCGCAAUGUGCCCAACGUUGUACAUCCACUGGGCUACGCGCAUCCGCACUUUGACUCUCACGGCCUCUACGGUCAGGUAAAUCACAAUCUAGAGGAACACACGCACGCUUUGCAGUACGAUGGACACGUCAAGGGGACAUCCUUGCGAGGCGAUUCCGUGGCAAUGUGGGCCAAGCCAGGAUUUCAUUUCCGGCACUUUGCUACCGGAUGGAUGGAGCAAAGGCACGGGUCUGGCCAGAGCAAGGUGCUGGGCCAGGGGCCCGGCCAGGGCAAGCUGCUGAUGGUGGGGCCAAACAAUCAAUUCUUUGACGCUGUGCACAACGGCAAGGUAGUGGGCUCGUGGAAGCUGCACCCGUCCAUGUCGAAGCAAAAGGGCGUCUACGACAUUGAGAGAAAUCCGGUCCACGUGCACGGUCCGAAAGCCAGAGCAAACAAUCAAGAAGCGCUGCAGACGCUACAGGAGAUGGAGGCGAAACAUGCCCACAGUUCUAGUCGUCGUCGUCCAUCCGACAGCGACGACGACGCGGACGACGGCAUGGACUUCAGAAAGCCAUCUCCAGCUGGCUCGAGGCGCACUUCGCGCUCCAGCAGCCCGCCGCAAGCUUUGGCCAGUCCCAGUGUGAGUCCAGCUCGGUCUCCACCAGUCUCCAGCACGCGUCGCCACUCUCCUGCAGUAAGCUCGAUGCACGCGCAGGACCGACGCCAGCGAGACACAUACCCGCGCGCCGACGGAAUUUCUUCCACCCCCGCCAAACCUGUACCCGACGCAUCGCCUUUGCCCACAGCGACAUCGACGGGAGAAAAGCCGUCUGUCGACCAAGACGCCAAACGCUUGCGCUCGGAGCAUAAUCUCAAGCCCGAGGCUCAGCCGCAGCAUUCCCGCGCUUCUUCGCCCGCUUCCUCGCUGGGCAGCGCAGACAGCUUCGCUUUUCGCGUGGGGCCUCUGCUCGGUGCGGAGAAUGGGCAAGUUGCAGGGGUGGCAAAUGGAGAGGUGGAAGGAAGGGCACUUCGCCGAGAGCACGACGUCGAUCGAAAGGACGAUUCGAAACAGAGCGCGCAACGUGGGGAUGAUCGAGAUCCGAUCCGACACGCGGCCGACAUGAAGAGGGACAGGUGA